AUGGCCAAUGCGACGAAUGCCGUGACUUCCAAUUUGCCUUUGAAUACAAAUCAUAAGGAUUUUUGGGGAUUCCCUUAUGAGCAGAACUUGAGCAAUCCGUUUUCGCAAUAUGUAAGUCGUAUACACAUGUUAUGUAAAUAUUAUGGUCACUAGAUAAUUUCUCUUUUUUUUAUUUCCAGCUCUAUGAUACAUAUUACGGUAAAGGAGUCCAGAUAAAUAUUUUGAUUCCCUCCAUUUUGUACUUCACCCUUAUGUGGGGAAGUUACUUUGGCAAUUCCCUAAUAAUUAUUGCCACCAUCUCCAAUAAGAACCUUCAUGGCUCCUAUAACUACCUUAUCAGCCUUGCUGGCCUUGGCGACAUGAUGCAUCAGAGUUGUCAUUGGGCAUUGUUUAUUAAUUGGUCUCGGGGCAAAAUUUCAUCCCUUACAAUUACUGUUUCUUUAUACAGGCCUUCUUUCUGAAUGGCGCGACAAUCAGUAUUAUGAUGACAUUCUUCGUCGGCAUCGACCGGCUGAUUGGUGUUUCGAUGCCGACAACCUACCGACAACUCAAUUAUGCUCUGUACUUUUCGGUGAUUGGGACCAUAACGGGAGCGUUGUGUGCGUAUACGCUGUAUCUGGCGUGGAUGCAUGUUUAUACGCCGUAUGGAGGAGAGUAAGUCAAUGUAGUAAAUAAGAAAGGACAUUUGCACGGCAACCCAAAGUGUUUCCUGGCUCCUUUCGACACUUCGCCCAUUUUGUAUCGGUUGAAAUCAAACGAAAUGUCACAAAAGAAUUUUUUGUGGGAUUUUCCGACCGAAAAAUAUUUUUCUCGGAACUAUUUUGUAAUAUUUCUUUUGUCAAUUUUGACACUUCGUUUGAGCGAAACUCAAAAGUGGGCGGGAAACAUUUUUCUUCUAUUUCGGGUAGCCGUGAGUCGGCUCUGUGAAAAAUCAACUUGAAGAAGAUGAAGAUGAUUUGUACAAAUAGAUUCCAAAAAAAUAUGCUUGGCAAAAGCGAUCAUGGUCUUUUCAGAAUUUGGGAAAAAACUUUUUCUAUUUUGCAUGCUUUUGGCAUGAAAAUUUGACAUCGCUUUCCAGACCAGUCAUGUGCGUUAUAAUUGACGCGCUCGGAGGCGAGGCUCAGACUUUUUGGUUUGAUCUCUGCAUCACGGUCAACUUCUUGAGUGUGGUCAUCUACACUAUUGUCUGGAUCACAUUGAAAUUCAAAACCGGCACAUCUGAUGCCAUGAAAAAGGUCUUCAAGUCGCUUCUCGUUAUGAUGUGUUUUGUAUUCUUUGGCUGGAUGAUGAAUGCGUUCGUUAGAUCGAUUCUGUUGCCGUAUUGUGGAAUCCCGGUUAGCCAAUGGUUCUAUUAUUCGGAUUACUUUGGGUUGUGCGCCAACAUCGCCAGUACAUCAAACAUUUUUAUCCUCUACACCUUUAGGUAAGCAGUUUUGACACAGCAUAAAUCAUUGCAAGAGAACGUAAAUACCCUUAUAAACAUAUUUUAGCGCGGAAUACCGAGCAACCUUCGAGAAACUCUUGCCAUUCUUGGCGCGGAAGAAGUCUGGAAAAUUCAACAGUGAGCCAUCGAAGAUUUCCCCAGUUCCCAGCAAAACCGCUUUUUAA